AUGCGCGCCUUCACUCUAGGCAUAUCGACCGUCGCCGCCAUUGCGGCCCUCGCAAGCCUCGUGGCAGCCCAGGCGGGGCCAGAAAUCACCGAUCCCGCUGUCCUGCCCCCGAGCGAAGCCGACGUGGAAACAUCCACUCCUGAACUGACGCCGGAUGACGAGUACUUCGUCAACGAGUCGGAGGGGGCAAGGCUAGCCAAGAGAACCCCGCCGGCCGGCGUGUACAUCUGUAACAACAAGAACUGGGUGCAGCCAUGUUCCUGGAACAAGCUCACCGACUCGAAGUGCAUGGACUUUCCUUCGGAUGCCGGCUCGUCUGUCGGGCCUCCUGUCGGUUGGCAGUGUAAGAUCUACUACGCCAAAAACUGCGCAGCAACAAAUGGCAUGACGGACGGCAAACUCACGUACCCCGGCACGGCGAACUUGGGAGCCCUGUACAAUAACUACAACAAGCCGGCGUCUAUCAAGUGCAGGCAAUGCUCGCAAGGAACAAACUCACCUUGUCUCAACAACAAAGCUCCAGACUGGAAUGAGGCCAUGGCAAAGGCUGGAUAUGGAGGCGCCAACGGACAGUGCUCAUCUUGGGUGUCCGGCAAGGUUGUGCACUCAUCUUGCCUUCCAGCACCCAAAAUUUCCUAG